AUGCCUAUUAAUACAACUAACCUUAUUGCAUAUUUACAGAAUGCAUCAACACAAUCAAAUCGUUAUAUUUCAAUAUUUAUUUUUAUUUUUGGUGUUCUUGGUAAUAUUCUUAAUUGUAUUGUUUUAUCACAAGGUAAACUUCGAACAAAUUCAUGUUCAUUUUUAUUUUUAAUAUCAUCUAUUGCAAGUUUAAUUUCAAUUCUAUCUGGUUUAACAAGUCGAAUGUUAGCAGGAUAUGCUGUAGAUUUAACAAAUACUAUUAGUUGGCUCUGUAAACUUCGAGCAUUUGUUUUAUUUGUAUCACGAACUAUUGCAGCAUGGUCAUUAACGUUAGCAAGUAUUGAUCGAUGGUUUUCAUCAUCAGCUAAUAGUGAAUAUCGAAAAAAAAGUUCAUUAAAAAAUUCCUAUCGCAAUAUGUAUAUUAUUAUAUUAUUUUCAUUUAUGUUAUAUAUUCAAUUGUUUUAUUGUUAUGAAGCAAAUUUAAUUAAUACACCACUUAAAUGUUAUGCAAAAACAGUAGCAUGUCGGUUAGCAAGUGAUUUAUCAUAUGCAAUUAUUACAAUUAUAAUACCAAUUAUGGGAAUGAUUUUAUUUGGUUUAUUGACGAUUUUGAAUGUACAAAAAUCAUAUCGUCGUGUAUGCAUAGUUACAGUUACAAAAGUAACAAAAAAUGUUCAAAAUCAAAGAAAACGAUGGAAAAAAGCAGAUUAUCAUUUACUUCUAAUGCUUAUUGUACAAAUAAUUCUUUAUAGUAUUUUUACACUUCCACAAGCAAUACAAAAAAUCUAUUCCACAUCUACUGAAACACAAAUUAAAUCAGCUUUACAAAAUGCUAUUGAAAAUCUUAUUUUUAAUCUUUUAUUACUUUUAACUUAUUUUUCAAGUGGAAUGCCAUUUUAUAUUUAUACAUUAUGUGGUGGACAAAUAUUUCGUAAAGCAUUAAUUGAUGUAAUCAGAAAACUUUGCAUAUGUAGACGUUAA